AUGAGCACUCAUCAAACAUUAUCUAAAUUAAGUCAUCAUUCAAUUAAACAACAUCCAGAGCUAUACCAUACAACUGUACAUGGAAAGAAGACAUUGAUUCACAAUCCAGUUUCAAUUAUAUCAGAGACAUCACAUCAAGUAAGAUGGAAAUUCAUAAUCUUUAAGGACAAAGCAAUAUCGACAUCUGAAAGAUGUAAGUAA